CAGCCACCUUAUGUAAUCUGGGAAUCUGCUCGCUCAAAGAAACUGUUCCCAGCGGUCAAAACAGAGACUUUGUGUUGCACAGGCUUGUGUUGAAUUAUACAUUCGACGUGCACAUUAGCGGACAGAUAUUCUGAGAAUCCUGCAAAGCACACCGAAUGUGACCCGACUACAGAGCCUGAAUCACAGCGUUUUGACCCAGAGAGAUGAGUGCUGGCGUAGGCGUAGAGGAGCGAGCGGAUGGAAGGAGACGCCGCUCAUCCACCCACGGACAGACCUGCUGCUCACCACAGGCUCCACAGCAGAGCAGCGGGAGGCCGAGGUUCACUGCAGGAAAAUGAGCCAGUGCGCUUAAUAGAAAGAGAACAGGAUUGCUGCGUGCAUCGAGCGAUGCAGAGUCACAAUGAGAGAAAGGUGACCUGCAAGCAUCCCGUCACAGGCGUUCCUUCGCAAGACAACUGCAUCUUUGUCGUCAACGAACACCUGAAUUGUGGGAAACUUGUCCAUCCUGUUUUCAACAGACCAGCGACCAAAGCACCAGCGGCCGAGAAGAAAGAACGUCCAACCAGCACCAUGAGCGAAGCAUCGAACUACACGGGCGGCUCAGACUAUACCACACAUCCCAGCAGUCCCACAACCAGACUGUCCAGGUCCUCAAAGAAAAUCCACAACUUUGGGAAGAGGUCCAACUCCAUCAAGAGGAACCCCAAUGCCCCGGUGGUAAAGAACGGCUGGCUUUACAAACAGGACAGUACCGGGAUGAAGCUGUGGAAGAAGAGAUGGUUCGUUCUGUCUGACAUGUGCCUCUUCUACUACAGAGAUGAGAAAGAAGAGGGCAUCUUGGGAAGUAUCCUCCUGCCCAGCUUCCACAUCACCAUGCUGUCUGUGGACGACCACGUAAGCAGGAAAUACGCCUUCAAGGCGACGCAUCCAAACAUGCGAACGUACUAUUUCAGCACUGACACAGCCAAAGAUAUGGAGUCCUGGAUGAAAGUUAUGACGGACGCGGCAUUGGUCCACUCUGAGCCAAUCAGAAGGCUUGAGAAGGUAAAGAUUGACUCCUGCAGCCCUCAGGAGAUGAACAACAUGCUGAAUCACAGAGUCCUGACCCGACCCGAGAUCCAAAACAACGAGAGAAACCGUGAGACGCUCCGCCAGGAGGAGAAAAAGCAGAAAGAGAAAGAUGGCAGGGUUAGCGUGCAGAAAGACGGAGAGCGAUACACCCUCCAGAGAAACGAGGACAACUACGCUCUGCACAAAGACGCUCAAAGACUCGCUCUGCAGAAGGACGGAGACCGAUGCAUGCUGCAGAAGGAUGCGGAGAAAUACGUCCUGCAGAAAGACGGAGAGAAAUACGCCGUCCACAAAGACGGAGAGAAGUACCUGCUGCAGAAGGAUGGCCAGAAAUACACAUUACACAAAGAUGGAGACAAGUACACUCUUCAGAGGGAAGGCGAAAAAUACGCUCUGCCCAAAGAUGGCGAGAAGAUCUUGCAAAAAGAUGCAAGGUACCCUCUUGGAGACAGACAUAAGCAGCAGAAAGACCCGGAGAAACCCGUCCCGCCGCCGCGGGAGGCCGAGAAGUAUGGCUUCCAGAAAGAGGGCGCUGUGGAGCGGCCGCUCACCAAGAUCAACAGCAUCAAACUUCAGCCGGCCCAAGCGGCGGCCAUCAGUGCAGCCAUCUCGUCCUCCAGACAGCUCCAGAGCGCAGCGGGAUCCAGCCAGUACAAGCCACCCCAGGUCAACGGUUCUGGGGAACGAGGAGGAGACCGAAGCCCUGGAGACAUGAGCAACACGAUGCCCCAGAGGAUGAUGGUGCUGCCACAGCCGGCAGAACCAGAGCGAACCCUGAGCAGAACCGACUCCAUGCAGCAGCUGGAGCAGUGGGUUCGUACGCACCGCACACGGGCCCCAGACGACGACACCAGGAGCAUUACGUCCUACCAAACGUUACCGAGGAACAUGCCGAGCCACCGUGCGCAGAUGGUCCCGCGCUAUCCCGAGGGCUACCGGACGCUCCCGCGUAACAUGCUGCGGCCGGACAGCAUCUGCAGCGUGGCGGGGUCGAUGUACGACCGGGCGCUGCAGCCUCCGACUGCAGAGAAGCGGCACUCCAUACGGGACGACACCAUGUGGCAACUGUACGAGUGGCAGCAGAGGCAGGCACACAGCCGGAUCGGAUACGGGACGCUGCCCAGCCCCAAAACCAUGGGCCAGCUCGCCGAGUCCAUCCCCACGUCUCCUUCCCACGGAUCUCUGGCCGGUUACCACACCUUCUCUCCUAAUCGGCCCCUCAACCCGGAUUCCCGCUCUGAAGUUUCCUCGCCGGUGUUUCGUGGGGACAUGAUGAUUGAGCGCCGCCACCGGCCGCACCUCUCUAAGUUUUCCUAUCCUGCCGAGCGCAGGCCAGUUCCUCCCGCACAGAGCAUCACCGCACAGUCUCUGCAAGGCAAAACGCCAGAGGAACUGACCCUGCUGCUCAUCAAACUCCGGCGGCAGCAGGCCGAGCUCAACAGCCUCCGUGAGCACACGCUCGCACAGCUGAUGCAGCUAAACCUCGAUGCCGCCAACCCAAAGAGUGAAAUCCUUUCCCAUCACCUACAGAGGAAUCUCGUGUACUUGGACAGCCAGAUGAAGGAGAAUGAGCCAAUAAUCUUCAUGAUUCACACUAUGAUUGAGAACUCGGCGCCAAGGCCGCAACUGUACCAGCAACAGAUGAGUCCUGAAGAGUACAGAGAAAACACCUACUCAUUCAGACCCGAGGAGCUGGACAUUGAUACGAAGUUAAGUCGACUGUGUGAGCAGGAUAAAGUAGUGAGAGCUCAAGAAGAAAAACUGCAGCAGCUCCACAGAGAAAAGCACACGCUGGAGACGGCCCUACUGUCAGCCAGUCAGGAGAUCGAGAUGAGCGCUGAAAACCCUGUGGUGGUGCAGAGCGUCAUCCAGCAGCGGGACGUCCUGCAGAGCGGCCUGCUCAGCACCUGCAGAGAGCUGUCGCGCGUCAACACUGAGCUGGAGCGGAGCUGGAGAGAGUACGAUCGACUGGAGGCAGACGUCAACAUGGCCAAAACGAACCUGCUGGAGCAGCUCGAGGCCCUCGGGAGCCCACAGACGGAGCCGCCCAGCCAAAAACACGUUCAGAUCCAGAAGGAGUUGUGGAGGAUUCAGGAUGUGAUGGAGGCGCUGAAUAAGAACAAACCUAAGAGAAACGCAGAACCCAGUUUUCCUGGUGUAAACCCCCUGUCAAACCUGCAUAAAAGUGAAGAGUCAGACUCAGUGCCUCCGCGUCCUCCUCUCCCGUGCUCUUAUGAGGGGGGAGACCGGCCCCCUCACGCGCCUCGCACCACCCCUCACCGGCCCGAGGACCGCAAGGCCGCCCAGCGCAACGGCGCCCACAGCGGGCCCGAUUACAGACUGUAUAAGAGCGAGCCGGAGCUCACCACAGUAGCUGAGGUCGACGAGAGCAACAGCGAAGACAAAUCUGAGCAGACGGCAGAGAAAGAGCCACCCGGCGUCACCAAAGGUGUAGUUUACCCCGUCGGAGUGGUCAAUCCCAGGACUAAAUCACCCAUGCCUGAAUCCUCCACCAUCGCCUCUUAUGUCACCUUGAGGAAGAGCAAGAAACCUGAUCCCAGAACAUCCCAGCCGCAGGACCGUCCGCGCAGUGCGGUGGAGCACAUGAGCAGCGCUAUAGAGGUGGGCCGAACACGCAUGAGCGUGGAGGAGCAGAUGGAGCGAAUCAGGAGGCACCAGCAGGGGGCGAUACGUGAACGAAGGAGAGAGGACGGAUCGCUGUCCCGCAGCCUCUCCUUCACUAAAGACAACCCCUACUACACCCUACAGACACGUAAGAAGAGCCCGGUGAUCUCUCCGGAUGAGCUGACGACCAAACCGACUGAAGCGGAAGAAAACUGCAAGAAUACUGAAGAUCUGAAAUCUGGAAAUGCCAACCUGGAGAACAAGGAGAAAGCGCCCUUGUCCCGAUCGGCCUCCAUUAAAGAGUCUCUUCUGAAGAGCGCGAGUCCAAAACCAGUGCUGAACGAGGACCAAUCAGAGCCCAGAUGUGUGAGUCCGCUGGAGUACCGCAGGACUCUGGCCACUCAGAACAGCUUACAGACGGCCGUCAUGGUGCGCGUGGGCACUGAGGAAGACGAGGAGGAGGAGAAGCCCCCCAGUCAAGAGCAGGACGUCUCUUAUGAGCUGACCAACAGCAAACACGGCACGCUGAUGUCAGCAGCCCCUCCACCGACAUCAGUGAAGCAUGUGAGAGGACGUCCCGCCGUGAGCCACACACAUCAUCAGACAGACAGGAAGUGCCACCCAUCAGCUGACCGCCACACAGCGACGUCCAGGCCUUAGUUCAGCCUUAGUUCAAACGAUUCAUUUAUAGUGAUUAUUAUUUAUAUUCCUAUUGUUCUCUUGAGUUUUCCUGAAGCAUCUGUAGAUCCCAGAGUUGAGUUGAGUUGUGUUUGAUUGGGUGUGCAGACGCGUCUGAGGUGCUAUCAAUCCCUCGCUGAUGUACAUUACAGCACCCAGACUCACUGUCAACAGGAAGUGGAGCGUAAAGCCCAUAAACCCGCUUGUUUUAUUCAGACUGCCGAGGGUUGCGUUCAUCAUUUGCUUGUUUUUAUAUGGAUUUUAAUCAAUCGCUCCCAGUUUUAUCUUGGUGUUGGUCGAUGGGAUUUUUAGUACUCAUAUCUUUUGCACUGUACGACACCCACGAUCGUUUCUUUUUUGAUAUCAGACGAUUUAUGUAUAAACAAUGUACAACUAUGAACAUUCAAUAAGGUGGCACCAUACUGCUGCCGAUGGACAGGGUUUGUAAAUGAUCUGUAUGUUGGAUAGUCCGCAAUAGCCCACCACACUGUUUCCCGACACACUCAUGAAUGUUCCAGCUUAUGUUUUAUUUUUCUAUGGCUAAGAUAUAUUUAACUAGAGAGAUGAGUACAGAGUAUUAGAGUUUUAAGAAACGUAUUCCAGAGGUUGGCUGUAGUUUGAGGAGAACAGCACACGAGGAGCAAGCGUUUAAAACAGUUGAUAAAGCAAUAAGCAGGGUUUGGUGUUCAACUUUGAUGUAUAAACUGUAAAGUUCAUGAUGUAUAUACCGUACACCAUACAAUGAGCAGAGCAGAGUUCAUGCAAUAUGCAAAUGUUCAUAUUUCAUCUGUUUUAUAUCGUGAAAUAAAUGUUGAUGUUCUUAUAUAUA